AUGUUGGCGGCUCUGUAUCAGACUGUGGAGGCUGCUUGGGUGGAAGGCCGACUGGAAAACGUGCUGCAACGCCAAAAAGAACUUGCUGCUCUUCAUUCCAGUGUAAAGAGCUGCCAGACGGAUUUGAUUGCUGCUCUUUGCCUAGAUCCUUUGGUCACCAAUGCAAGCGCCUCUGAGGAACUCAAGCUCUCCCUGGAUGCAAUCCAGCAACUGUAUGAGAGCCUAGAUUUCCCUUCAACACUCGCCAGGGAGAGAUCCAUCCAAGCCGGACGAUCGUCUUCCAGUGGCCUCAUGCCUCUAGGCCCUACUUUAAUACAAGCGUCGCCGUCAUGCCCUCUUUCAUCGGUGAUACUCCCCCUGGCCGCUGCUAUCGCUGCUGGGAGUUGUUGUCUAGUCCUUAGCGCCACUGUGCCUCUCCGCUUGGAAUUAAAUAAGAUCAUCAGGUCUAGCUUAGACCAGGAGGCAGUUAGCGUGGCUGCUCAAGACACAAUUGACGCAGACGAUCUAGCCCGGUUUCAUUUCGGGGUGGCGGUUCUCCAGGACUCUGCCACUGCUCACAGUGUUGCCGCCGCAUUACGCAGACGCAAUCCCACUGCGCGAGUCCACGUUGCCCCUUCUGGCCUCCCUGCCAUAUUUGUUGAUCGCAGUGUGGCGGAUGUGGAUGUGGUAGCCAGCUGGCUUGGCCGGACCAUCACGCAGAAUCCCCGUCAACGCCCAGGCCGGGUGCCACGCCUCUGCUUUGUGGACGAAUUCGUCAUUGAGCGUCUAGCAACGCAGGUUCAACGUGAAUAUCCGGGCUUGGAGGAGGCUCAAAACCCGAUGCUAGAUAUGUCCAUCAAGCAGGAUAUAGCCGACCUCUUGUCGCGGACAUUCCCAUCGCUACAGCGGAAGUCUAUCCUAUGUAGCCCACGCAAGGUGCCUGCCUUAUUAUCGCUGGAGCGCACUGACCCCGUGAACUAUGAGACAAUCAACCAGGUUGCAGACCUGGUCACCACACAUUAUCCCGGCAUGAUUCUAGUUCCUACUACAAGCCUGGACCAUGGCAUCGAUUUGUGGAAUAAAGUAAACCAAGGCAAGAUCGCGCAGGCGACCUAUCUCUUCAGCGCUAGCAGGGAGGCAUUCUACCUCUCUCAGUCUCUGAACUCGGAGCAUUUCUUUGUCAAUCACAUUCCAACACGGUCAUUUGUCAUGGUCGCACCCACCUCCGACCAUGAAUCUUACGAGCUGCCGUUCCGAACUGAGAACUUUUCACGGAACAAGGCAAUCUCACAGAUACCUCUCCGGGAACCGGAAAGGGUGAUUCUGCCUUGGCAAUCUCGCCGUGGCCAUCUUAAUUCGAAGAAGAUCUCUCAGCCGGUUGGGGGCCAGGUUUCGUAUUUCGAGCAAGGUCUGCUUGUUGGCUUGAGUGCGGCCGCACUGACUGCUUCAUGCAUUGCCUAUCUUCUUGCACAAGGGGUGAAAUACUACACCCGCUAG